AAUUUGGAUCAUAAUUUUUUUAUUCUUUAUUUUAAAUGGAAAUUAUUCACAACACUGCAUGCAAUAAAUAUAAUAAUAAUAUCGAUAUUCAGAGUAAUUGAGAUCAUGGAAUAAAGAAUAAAAAUUUUUUUUUGUCAUAUUUUAAAUCAAUUGAAGGAUAUUCGUGAACAAAACUGCAUUGUCGAAAAUUGAAGAAAAAAUUGAAAAAAACUAUUUCGACUUUUAUAGUGCAUGAAAUUCACAAACGGCUAUUGCUCGCAUCCAAUUCAGUCUCGACAAAACAUUGCAUAAUUGUUUUUUUAUCCCAGACCAAAGACGCUCCUCAAACGAAAAUAUUACUGACUUAUCAUAAUUUUAGAUGGAUCAUUAAUCUAAAAAAUAGUUGAAGAAUUCAUCAUGAAUGAUGUGGUAGAUGUCAUUGCAACAAAUCAUUAUGGAAAUCAUGAUGAUAAUUAUCACAAUCAUCAUCUCCAUCAACAACAACAGCCAGAUAUUUCAUCGAAUAGUCUGCAAUCAACAAUUUCAAAUCACCAGUCACCAACAGCCACAACAACUUCAAUAUCCAGUAAUGGUAGUAACAGGAUUAAUACGAAUAUUCUAAUACCUGAAAAUUGUUAUGUGGGAGCUCGAGUGAUGAGAAAUUCCAAUGAUUGGAAAUGGGGAAAACAGGAUGGAGGUGAAGGUCAUCUUGGUACUGUUCGUAAUUUCGAAUCACCCGAAGAAGUAGUCGUUGUUUGGGAUAAUGGAACGGCUGCUAAUUAUCGUUGUAUGGGUGCCUAUGAUCUCCGAAUCGUGGAUAGUGCUUCAACGAGUGUUAAACACGAAGGAGCUAUGUGUGAUUUUUGUCGACAAUCGCCAAUUUUCGGCAUCCGAUGGAAAUGCGGGGACUGUAACAAUUAUGAUCUCUGUUCCAUCUGCUAUCAUGGUGAUAAACAUAAUCUAAAGCAUCGUUUCUUCAGAAUUUUAAACCCAGGUUCCAAUCGUUUUGCUGUUGAACCCAGAAGGAAAGGAAAAAAGAUAACAGUAAGAGGAAUAUUUCCUAAUGCUCGUGUAAUCCGUGGUGUCGAUUGGCAAUGGGAAGAACAAGAUGGUGGCAAUGGAAAACGAGGAAAAGUGACAGAAAUUCAGGAUUGGAGUGCUGCCAGUCCUCGAAGUGCAGCAUACGUCAUCUGGGAUAAUGGCUCUAAAAAUUUGUAUCGUGUUGGAUUCGAAGGAAUGGCAGAUUUAAAAGUUAUAAACGAUGCAAAAGGUUACACUGUUUAUCGUGAUCAUCUGCCAUUAUUGGGUGAACAGAGUGCUAAUAGAUCUGGCUGUCAUGAUUUUCAAGUUGGUAACCUAGUCAACAUUGAUCUUGAUCUGGAAGUUGUUAAAUAUCUGCAACAUGGUCACGGUGGUUGGACUGAUGGAAUGUUUGAAUGUCUAGGCACCACAGGUACUGUCAUAGAAAUUGAUGAAGAUUUUGAUAUUGUCGUCCGUUAUCCCAGCAACAACAAAUGGACCUUCAAUCCUGGUUGUUUGACUAAAGUGGGACAUACUUCCAACGAUAAUAAUGAUUCGAAUAGUACAAGCAAUGACUCGAAUGAUAUCAAUUUGAAUUUGUCACCAACGGUUAGUUAUGCAACAAGUAGUUUAACAUCUACUACAUUGAAUAUGCAAAAUCCUUUACAUCUAUUCCGUGUUGGCGAUCUGGUGAAAAUCUGUAGUGAUAUUGAAAAGGUAAAACUUUUACAACGUGGACAUGGUGAAUUUACACCAUUAAUGAUUCCAACGCUUGGAACUAUUGGUCGUGUUGUACAAGUUUACUCUGACAAUGAUCUAAAAAUUGAAGUUGAUGGUUUUUCAUGGACCUACAAUCCGGCUGUUGUCACCAAAGUUUCUUAUGACACGGCUACUAUAGAAGAUAUGGACAGCUUAAUAAAAAGGUUGUUCGAAACAACACAAAUCUCUACUGAUCCAAAUCAAGAAUUGGUUAAAUUGGCUGCCAAUGGUGAAGCGGUUAAAUGUGAUGAACUACUUAAAAGAGAUGAUGUCGAUGUGAAUGGAGUGUUUUCGUCUCAUACGGCUCUACAAGCGGCCAGUCAAAAUGGUCAUGUCGAAAUAAUCAAAGUCUUACUAAAACAUAAUGCAAACGUCGAGAUUGAAGACAAAGAUGGUGACCGCGCUGUUCAUCAUGCUGCGUUUGGUGAUGAACCAAUGGUUAUAAGUGUGUUGGCACAAGCACAUGCAGAUAUGAAUGCACGAAACAAACGCCGUCAGACUCCUUUACAUAUAGCUGUUAAUAAAGGUCACAUUCAGGUGGUUCGUAAACUUUUAGAUCUCGGAUGUCAUUCCAGCCUACAGGAUUGUGAAGGUGAUACUCCAAUGCAUGAUGCUAUAAGCAAAAAACGUGAUGAUAUACUCAAAUUAUUGCUGGAAUUCAACGCCGAUAUAACAUUGACGAACAAUAAUGGUUUCAAUGCUUUACAUCAUGCUGCAUUGAGAGGCAAUUCGAGCGCCACUCGAAUUUUAUUGGAAAAAUUACCUCGUAAAUGGAUAGUGGAUGAGAAAAAAGAUGAUGGUUACACUGCAUUACAUUUGGCUGCAUUAAACAAUCAUACACAAGUGGCUGAACUUUUGAUCAAAGUAGGAAAAGCCAAUAUGGAUUUGCAGAAUAUCAAUCUUCAAACGCCAUUGCAUUUAGCCGUUGAAAGACAACAUACUGAUAUUGUUAAGUUGUUGGUUAAAAAUGGAUGUAAUUUGAAUAUACCGGACAAAGAUGGUGAUACACCUUUACAUGAAGCAUUGAGACAUCACACACUUUCUCAAUUACGACAAUUACAAGAUGUUCAGGAUGUCGGAAAACUUUUGAUAGGUUUAGGAACAUCUGGAACAGAGAAAAAAAACAGUUCGACUAUUGCUUCGAUAUUGGUGUCGAAUGGUGGAGAUCUUCAUGCUAAAAAUAAAAAAGAUCAAACACCUUUAGAUCUUUGUCCAGAUCCACAUCUGAAUGAAGCACUGAAAAAAUGUCGAAAAGAAUUGAGCCAAGAUCAAGAAAAUGAACAGCCUACGAAUUCGAUAAUCUUGAACAAUUCAAUUGUACAAGAUCCAGAAUCAUUGAUUGAAUGUACAGUAUGUUCAGACAAUAAACGUGAUACUCUUUUUGGACCUUGCGGCCACAUAAUUGCUUGUUCGAUUUGUGCGACAAGAAUGAAAAAAUGUUUGAUAUGUAAAGAAAUGAUACAAACUCGAACAAAGAUUGAAGAAUGUAUGGUAUGUUCCGAACAAAAAGCCUCUAUAUUGUUUAAGCCAUGUGGUCACAUGUGUGCCUGUGAUAAUUGUGCAUCAAUCAUGAAAAAGUGUAUCCAAUGCCGGCAAACAAUAGAAGAAACUCAAACGUUCAUUUAUUGUUGUGGUAUUACGCCAUCAGCAACAGGCAACAAUCGGAACAAUAAUAAUUUAUUAAAGUCUGACAACAAAAUCAAGACUAACAACAUUUCUUGUUCAACAUUGUCUACAAAUAACAAUAAUAAAAGUCUGGAUGUACAAAAACUUCAGGAACAAUUACAAGAUAUCAAAGAACAGACUGCUUGUCCAGUGUGUUUAGAUCGUUUUAAAAAUAUGGUUUUCUUAUGCGGUCACGGAGCUUGUCAAAUGUGUGGUGAUCGUAUGACAUUUUGUCCAAUUUGUCGACAUACGAUUGAAAAUAGAAUUUUACUUUACUGAAAUUAGAUUUCAAUUCUUUAAUAUAUAUUAUAUAAAUAAAAUUUUCACUUACUAA